AUAUCUACCUUGGAUAAUAGCUUGAAAGAGAUCUUCUGGCUCCUAGAUAUACAGAGCACUACUCCUAUUAAUCCCGCAAUCCUUGCUGAUGAUGGCCCAUGGGAGGCUAGUAGUCAGUGUCAGCUAGUUCUAGGAUGCGACAGUACUAUUAUUUCAGAGAUAAUCUAUCUAUAUCUAGAACCUCUACCUGUUCUUCACAAUGUAGCUUAG